UUUUCUAAAUUUUGUUUUAUUUAAUUUGUUACUCAAUUUUUUCAGUUUUUUUACUAGUUUUAGUAUUAAUCAUGAAUUCACGAAGCAUUUUGUCUCGUCGUCUUUUUUCAUUUUGUAGAAGAUUUUCUAAUCAGGUCACAGCCUCGCAAUCAGCGAUUUUUAAAAUAUGUCCGAGAAAAGCUGCCAUAUUGUCAAUAUUUUCUGGAAGUGGUAUUCUAUUAUGGACAAAAAGAAUGAGGAAUUUGAAAGCAAAAGAAGUUGAUGAUAAAUCCAUCAUAGUAGAAGCUGAUAACUUGUAUUCAACCGGGGACGAACCAAGACAUUUGUAUAAUUAUUUAAUAAAAUACAAGGACUCAACAAAUGCUGAAAUAUUAUGGAGAGUAUCACGUGCAUCGAGAGAUCUUGCGUUAAAUGGAAGCGAUGUUUCAAAAGAAGACAAAAAAGCUUUAGUAUAUGAUGCAUUCGAGACUGCUAAACGAGCAUUAGAAAUUGACGAAACAAAUUGGGGAUCGCAUAAAUGGUUCGCUAUCACUUUAGGAGAUGUUGGUGAUUAUGAAGGAACGAAAAUUAAGAUUUCAAAUGCUUAUGUUAUUAAAGACCAUUUGGAGAGAGCACUUCAAUUGAAUCCUAAGGAUGCCACAACAGCUCAUUGCAUUGGUCUUUGGUGCCUUGCAUUUGCAGAAUUGCCAUGGUACCAACAGAAGAUAGCAUCGGUGUUAUUCGGCACACCUCCUACUUCUACGUUUGAAGAAGCAAUAAAAAUGUUUGAACUAGCUGAAAAAACUGAACCAAACUUCUACAGUGUGAAUUUAGUGGAAUUAGGAAGGUGUUACAUGAUGAUAGGAGACAAUAGGCAUGCAUUGUUAUAUCUCGAUAAAGCUUCGAAAUAUCCUGCGACUAAUGACGAAGACAGACAGGCCGUCGAGAGAGCAAAGAAAUUACUGGAAGAAUUAAUUGCAAAGAAUAAGAAAUAAUUCAAGGGGUCGAUAUCGAGAUAUUUUUUAUGCAAUUUUCUAUCUUAUCAUGAUCAUAUAAAUUGUGCUAACAAACGGUGUCAUAUUAUUUCAACUUGUACUUGAAACUUUUCAUUCCACAUUGUGUAGGUGGAUAUACGAGUUAGUUUUUUCUAUCCAUUAAAAGACAGCAUGCAAAAUUGAAUACAAGA